GACAGUGCAGAGUCAUAUGACAGUUCAGAGUUAGAUGAAAUCCAGAAUUCUUGUGAGACAACAGUUCCUAAUCAACCGAUUUAUCAGAAUUCUCAUGCUAUUGUACCAGGUAUGACUUUUCCUAAUGAUUCACAUAUUUCUAAUGAAAUUACUUGCAAUAUUGAGGAAAAUAUGUUAAAUGAACCUAAUCAUGAUCGGAAACCUGAUGUGGUUUGGAUAGAUGCUGAUUUUUCUAACGAUCCUACGCUCUGCAAUGACAGUCCUAAUGAAUUUCAUGAGAAUAUUUCAGAAGAAUCAAAUCCUGAUGUCAUAUCAUAUAUUACCUAUCCUCAUAAUGCAUUUGAUCCUCGUGAAAAACCUGCCCAAUGCGAAGCACGAGUACUAAGUGACCUCGAGUUUGAUUACAUUUCGGAUGAUUUCAUAUCAACUGCUGUUUACCCUUAUCACAAAAACACUUCUAAUGUUUACUCUAAACAAUGUGAGAAAUAUGUUUUAAAUGAAGCCACAUUAUUCAUAACUUGGGGAUAUAAAGAUCCAACAUUAUUUCGUGGGGGAGGAUAGGGUUGAAAAAUCUAUGGUUCAAAUUCUAGAUAUUAAUGAUUUCAAUACAAAACCGAUAUGCUGAUUGUAUACAAUUCUAGGUGAGUCUGUUCCGAUUUCGUUUGUUAAUUCCAAUACUAAUGAGCACUUUCUAGAUACUACAAAGUUUUUAUCUUAUACAAUGUCGGACAGACUCAGGAUGAACUUAACAAGAAGACGUACAACCGAUUACAAACACUUAUACUUCUAUUUAAGCUGUGGCGGAUGUGGUGUUUGAAUGGACUAAUGAUACCUUUGUACUGGUUGAAUGUUUGAUUUCGAAUUCUAAGUACAAUACAUUCGUUGGUG